UACCAAAUCUCCACAGGACUCUUCGGCGGCAUUGCGAGGACAUGGAAAGAAGUGCGUCAAAUUCCUUCGGCCGCUGCGUUCGGUGUAGCUUGCAGCUGUUCUUCUUCCUUUCCAUGCGUUGAUGAUUCUGGAGCUGUCGCCCCACUGCGCAUGUCGACAGGUUGGACGCGCCUGCUCUUGUAGGAUCGAGACAACAGAGCUAUGCUGGUGUAGUCCUUGCUACAGGAGUUCGUAUCACAACAGCGAAGAGUUUUUAUUGGGGGUGUGGCCACCCAAGGAGGGGAAGAUCUUCGAGGUGUUACAGAUUUCACCGAGUAAAAAGCUGAGUGAGGAUUGUGCGUCCAAAAUGGCAUGAGAGCGCGAAACACACCCAGCACUCGAGCAAUUACCGGAGUAAUUGGCUUUUCUUUUAUCACCGAAGCAUCUUCUUCCUGCUUCUGCACUCGCUAUCUACUGCAGCAACAAAUUCUUAUGACCUUUUCUAUAUAUAUUAUUCGAAUAAGAGAGCUUCCUUCUCACCCAAUAGCCUAAAGCCACUUUCUCCUCCUUACAACCUCUUCUCCCUCUCCAGUGUCGAUCACUAACCAUGAGCUAAUUCUCUAUCUGAAAAGGAGCCACAUUUGAACGAGGACCUUCUUCCCAGAAGAAAGCUUGCUUCUUUACUGCCACCUUUAUCUCAUGUAUUGAUGUCUCAAGAAGCAAUGGCUCCAAAUGAUGACUGCGCGUCCUCUACCCUCCUCUGCGUGGAGGACAGCAGUUGCAUUCUUGGCUUUGAUAAUGAGGACGAUGCUGAUGAUCAGGAAGAGCAUGAUCUCAAUCGGUUCUAUGUACGAAAAAGAUGCGAACUUUAUGGGGAUCUCCGCAUGGGUUUACCGUCACAAGCGGAUGAGUGCUUGGUCUCUUUGGUCAGGCGAGAGACCGAGCACAUGCCGAGGGACGACUAUGCCGAGAGGUUGCGGUCUGGAGCAUUGGACUUGUCCAUUAGGAGAGACGCCAUUGGUUGGAUUUUGAAGGUUCAUGCCCACUAUAAGUUUGGACCAUUGAGUGCAUAUCUAUCUGUAAAUUACUUUGAUCGAUUCUUCUCCAACUAUGAGCUUCCUAAAGGCAAGGCUUGGAUGACACAACUACUAUCUGUGGCCUGCUUAUCAUUGGCUGCUAAAAUGGAGGAAACUGAAGUCCCUUUGUCAAUGGAUUUGCAGGAGAGGGAGACAAAGUAUGACUUCGAGGCAAAGACUAUCCAGAGAAUGGAGCUUCUGGUUCUGAGCACCCUUAAAUGGAGGAUGCAAGCUGUAACUCCUUUCUCUUACGUUGAGUUCUUCCUUCACAGAUUCAGUGGUGGCAACGCGCCGACUAAAGUUGAGAUCUUUCGAUCAGUAGAACUCAUUUUGAGCACAAUUACAGGCACAGAGUUCUUAGCAUUCAGACCAUCCGAAAUCGCUGCAGCCAUUACACUGAAGGUUCUGGGAGAAACACAAGACGUGUGUAUCGAGAAAGCAGUGUCAUGUUGUAUCCAAGUAGCAAAGGAGAAGGUGUUGAGAUGUUACGAGGUGAUCAAGGACAUGGAAUCGAUGAGAGAUAGGCCACCCAGAAAUGCUCGCAUAUCACUUUCCUCGGUGCCACAAAGCCCAAUUGGUGUGCUGGAUGCUGCAUGCUUGAGCUAUAAGAGUGAUGAUUUUAGACAUGCAACAUGUAAUCAUAGUUCUUCUGCUAGUAAGAGGAGGAAAAUAUAAA